GGCACAGGGGCCCCCACCCUCGCUCCCGGGGCUCCCCGGCGCUAUCUGAUGCUGAGGAGGAAGUGAUGCUGGGGAGGAAGUGCCGCCGGGCUGAGGUGAGGCUGAGCGAGGCCGGGAGACGGAGGUGAGUCCGCCGGGCGCUUGGCGGGGGAGCCCAGGCUGGCCCGGGGAGGACGGGGACGCCCGCAGCGGAGGGCAAGGGCCCUGAGGAGGGCAGGCGAUCCAUGGCUGCCGCCCUGGGGGAGGACCUGGCCCAGGCCCUGGAUACCCAGGACGAUUCCAGCUCGCUCGGCUCGGACUCGGAGCUCAACGGUCCAGGACCCUACCGCAGGGCGGACCGCUACGGCUUCAUCGGGGGCGAUGCCCAGCUCUCGGAGGCGGGCCCAGGGCAGCCCCCGCUGGAGCUGAUCCGGCAGCGAGAAAUGAAGUGGGUGGAGAUGACCUCUCACUGGGAGAAGACCAUGUCCAGGCGGCCCAAGAAGGUGAAGAUCCAGUGCCGAAAAGGGAUCCCCUCUGCCCUCCGUGCCCGCUGCUGGCCCCUGCUUUGUGGGGCCAAAAGCCGACAGGCCCAAAACCCCAACACCUACCAGGAACUGGUCUCAGCCCCGGGGGACCCUCAGUGGCUAGAGACCAUCGGCAGAGACCUGCAUCGCCAGUUCCCCCUCCACGAAAUGUUCCUGUCCCCCCAAGGUCAUGGGCAGCAGGGACUUCUGAAUGUGCUUAAGGCCUACACCCUCCAUCGGCCCGAACAGGGCUAUUGCCAGGCCCAGGGGCCAGUGGCUGCCGUGCUACUCAUGCAGAUGCCCCCCGAGGAGGCGUUCUGGUGUUUGGUGCAGAUCUGUGAGUUCUACCUGCCCGGCUACUACGGACCCCACAUGGAGGCCAUACGGCUGGACGCCGAGGUGUUCUCGGCCCUGCUGAGCAAGCUAUGUCCACGGAUCCACAAGCACCUCCAGCAGCAGGGCGUGGGGCCCCUCCUCUACCUGCCCGAGUGGUUCCUCUGCCUCUUUGCCCGCUGCCUGCCCUUCGCCACUGUUCUGCGCAUCUGGGACGCCUUCUUCAGCGAAGGGGUGAAGGUCCUGUUCCGGGUGGGGCUGACCAUGGUCCGUCUGGCCCUGGGCACGGCCGAGCAGCGCAGGGCCUGCCCGGGGCUGCUGGAGACGCUGGAGGCGCUGCGUUCCAUCCCGCCGGCCCAGCUGCAGGAGGAGCCCUUCAUGGCGCAGGUUCACACGGUGGCCGUGUCGGAGCGAGACCUGCGGCGGGAGAGCCUCCUUCAGCUGGCCAAGCUCCAGCGCACCUCCCCGGAGCUGCAGCUGAGGCCCCAGGACCGCCUGCCCGGGGCCCCGGCCAUCUUUGAGGCUCAGCAGCUGGCCGCUGCCAAGCCGCCGGGCCGGGAGGUCCCGCGCAUCGUGGUGCACCCCCCGGAGGAGCCGCGGCCCCGGAAGAAGCCCCAGACCCGGGGCAAGACCUUUCAUGGGAUCCUGAGGCGACCCCGGGCUCCCCCGACAGAGGGCCCCUCCAGGAGCCACCGGGCCUCCUCCUCCUUCCUGGACACACGGUUCUGAGAGGCCUCCUGGGAGGCUGGGGAGGGAGGGGAUGCGGCGAGCUUCCAGGCUGCCCCACCGGCCUCCCUUCUCUGGACCCAGUGGCAGGAAGGCCACUUGUCUCCAGGGGCUGCGGGCCUGCGCUCCUCCUCUUGGGGAGGACCGCCCCUGCACCCCUCCUCCCCAGGCGCCCCCCUGCAGCCUGGAUCGGCCAGGGAGGCCCAGGCCCCAGUUCUGGCCCCUCCAGGUGGCCCAGAGGUUGGUCACAGGCGGGUGAUAAUCACCGACUCCAGCAGGAAAGGGUCUGUGCCCAAUGAGAUUCUGGGGUUCUGCCCCCCCCCGGGACUCCAUCACCAGCCCAGACUCGUCACCUCUGACCCUGAAUCGCCCGUGAUCACGUCAGACCGGGCCCUCCUCACUCCAGGCCUCAGUUUCCCCUUCACUGCCAGGAAAGAGUUGGGCUGGCUCCGGCCCAGGAUGGGAGAGUGAAGGCCCAAGGCCAGACCCGAGGCCGGACCCAAGGACUCUGGGACACGUGUAGGUACUUAAUAAAGGCUGGUUCCAUUGGCCCCACGGGGGAGUGGUCCUUCCCGUGCUCCUUUGGGGCGUGUCUCCACUUGGCCAGUGCAGCGAGGAGGGGUCUCUCGUGUUCCAGAAUUUCCUUGGCACCUGGAUCCCCUCCCCUUCCCCCAGGGAGCCUAGGUCCUGGCAGCGAGUUUCCUGGGCUGUAAAAUAGGGUUCGGGGGCCUUUGGGAGGCCAAGGGAGAAAGGGGAGGGGGAGAACAGCCGCCAUGAUGGCGCCCUGGCUGGUUUGGCGUUGUGGGGCCUGCCCUCCUCACCCCGUUUCUGGAGCCGACCACCGAGUAGGGAAGACUUGGGGCGGGGCCUGGGCCAGCCUUGGACGCCCUGGCUGUUAGUGCUCCUGGUCCUUCCACCUCUCUGGAUUGGAGAAUGAGGGGAUUGAGCUCAGUGAGGUGCGACCAUUCUCCCCCACUGGUCAGGCCCCCCGCCCCACCCGCUCCCAUGGGCCACCUCUGUGUGCCCCCAACCAGCCCCCAUGAAAGGCCCAGGGAGGAGGGUUCUGCCUGGGCCUCCUGUGCCCCCCUUCCCAGAAGGCCGAUGUCAAACAGAGGCUCACUGUGUGAGAGACAAAGGAGAAAGGCCAGAGGCUGCCCCCUCCCCCAUGUGCCCCCCUAGGGUGCUUGGGGCCCGCACCCCCAAGGUGAGCCCAGGGACUCUGCCCGGUGGGACAGGACUGGGCCCAGUGGCUGCCGCCUCUCCCUCCCCCGGCCUCGGCCGGUCCCUCUGCCCCCGUCCCCGCCGUGGGCUCCCACCAAGGUCACGGAAACCCUUGGAGUCCUUGCCCCUAAUUGCCGCCUGGGCCCCCUGGGCCUCGUUAGGGCUCCUCGCCAUUGCCGAGGCAAUGGGGCUGGUCCUUUGAGACCCCGCUCCCCUCCCUCCUCACCACCCGGGGCCGGCCAGGCUGUGGGAAAUGUCCCCCACUGGCAAGUGGGGAAACUGAGACCCGAGUCCUGCCGAGAUGGGUCAGAGCCAGGUCCCGGGGUCCCUGCACAGGGGCGGGGCAGCUGCUGCCCCAGCCGGAGCAGGGUGGGAGAGGCCGGGGAGCCCAGGGUCCCAGCAAGGUUCUUGCCUUUAAUCUAAGUCUCUUCCUCUUUCACACACAUGGCUUUAUGAAUCACUGUGGGAGAGGAGAAUGGGAGCAAAAGGGAAGAGGAGAGAUUGGGGUGGGGGGGCGCAAGCUGACCGCCGCCCAGCCUCCGCAGCUCCCUGGGGGCACAGGGCGUUCCAGCCAGGCUGGCGGGAGCCCAGCCCUCCGUCCUUUGCCCGCGGUCGCUGUCCCCGGCGCCUGGACUCCGGCUGCUGCUGCUUUGGUUCAGAGAGAUCAAGUUUCUUUACUUCCCCCCAUGCAAACAAGAAGCUAAGCUCUCCCUCUGCGCCCCCCCCCCCCCCGCCCCGGGCUGGGCCGGGCUGGCCCCGCUGUGGGCCUGGGAGAUAAAGCCGGGCACGGGGGGAGGGAGGGCCCCCUCCCCUGGAAAGACUCCCCUCUCGGGGGCUGAAGAGUAGGAGGCGGUAAGCGCUGUAACUAGGCCACCGUGACCCGGGCUGUGUCCCAGGCGCCACAGUUCCGAGGGCGCUCUGACAACACCUUGGGCCGGGAGCAGCAAAGCUGAGGCUGGUGCUUAGCAAAAGUAAGGAAAGCAGGAAGCUGCCGGGCUCCGCGUCGCCCCCCCGCCCUCCCCAUCACUGGCCGGGAAACGUCCUGGGGUCUCCACUGCCCACUCCAAUGGGCUCGUGCCCCCGGCCUCGGAUGCCACAGGUGCGGCUUUGGCUUUUGAGGGGUGAGACCCAGUUUAGGCCAAACACAGCGAGCCCAGAACGACGGAGCAAUGGGUGGCCGGCCGCUUGCGGUGGGGGUGGGGGGGUGGCCGUGGGGAGGGGACCGCAGGAGGGGCCCUGCUGGCCCAGAGUGGGCUGAGGGAACGUGCCUGGUCUGGGGCUGCGUUCUGGGCAGGCUGGGGGGGGGGGCGCCCAUGAAGGGAGGGCUCCAUUCUCCAGCUCACUCUGCUUGGACCCAGGGACAGGUCCGGGGGAAGGUCCGAAGGGGCUCUGCCUCUGAGCUGCCCACCAAGGGCCUGCCUUCCCCUGGCCUCCAAACGGAGGCCGAGGCCCGGCUCGUUCUGACUGGAGGCUGCAUGGUCCCUCCUAUGGGAGGAUUCUGUGACCAGCCGCCUGCAUCUGGGGGGCCAUGGCGGCAGCCCGAGGGCGAUGGGACAUCUUGGGGCCCCGCUUUCCGAUAAUCAGAAGGCGACGUGUGCCUCGGAGCAAAGGGACCCUUUCGGCAGCCCCAGUCCCUGCCUCCGGCCCCAGCUGAAAGGGCUGUAGGGAGCAUCGCGCGUCCCUCCGUCUUUGGCCUGGGAUCCGGGGAAGGGCUCGUUCACGUAGCCCGGAAAGGUCAGUGGCCGCAUCUGUCGGCCUGCCUGACGUCACCGGCCCCUCCGGGACUCUGUGUCCCGGGCUCCCGCCGGCCCGUACACACGGCCUGACGCCUCACGACAGAUGAUCACCGCUCGCUGGACGCUCGCCUCUCCCGACUCCGACGGCCCGGGGCUGUCCUUGGGUCUUUCCCAUCCUUAUCAAAGCUCCUCUCUCUCUGGGUCCCGUUGGGCGCCCUCCACUGUCUGAACUACGGCCAACCCCUGCCUUGACCCUUUGACAUACUGGCCGACCCCUGCCUGACCUGCUGCCUGACCCCCACCCUCU